GGCGGCGGCGGCAGCGGCGGCGGCAGAGGGCAGCGGCGGCCCCGCACCGCGGUUACUGCCCUCAUCCGUUAUCGCUGUUUGGAGCCGCCUCCUGCCCCAACCGCCCCGGAGCGGUGGUCCCCGGCCCAGCGGGCGAGGACAGUUUCUGGCAGAGAGGGGCGAGCGCGGGUGCUGAAGGACUGAGCCCACCGUGAUGGAGAGCCCAGCGCCGGCCCCAGCGCCGGCCGCCAAGCCCAAGUGGGCCAAGGCAGCAAGGCGCCCGGCAGCCCACCCCAAGUACUCAGACAUGAUCGCGGCCGCCAUCCGGGCUGAGAAGAGCCGCAGUGGCUCCUCCCGCCAGUCCAUCCAGAAGUACGUGAGGAGCCACUACAAGGUGGGCGAGCACGCCGAUGCCCAGGUCAAGCUCUCCAUCAAGCGGCUCCUUGCCGCCGGUGUCCUCAAGCAAACCAAAGGGGUCGGCGCCUCCGGCUCCUUCCGCCUAGCCAAGGGCGACAAACCCAAGAAAAAAACGGCCCGGAAGGGCAAGAAGGCCGUCAGGAAAGCUGGAACGCCCAGGAGAGCAGCUAGACCCAAGAAAGCCAAGUUGCCAGGAAAGAAGCCCAAAGCUGCCGCCAGGAAGGCCAGAAAAAAGCAGAGGACCACUCCAAAGAAAGCCAAGAAGCCAAAGACUGUUAAAGCCAAGUCACCGAAGCCAUCAAAGCCCAAAAAGGCAAGGCGGUCGAAACCCAGAGCAAAGUCCAGCGCCAAGAAGUCACCUAAGAAAUGAAGUCUGGAGGCUCGUAUCUGGACUCUCCCUGUUUCUGUAAAUAGUUUUUGGCUUUAUUUUUCCCUCUUUCUGUUGCAAUUUAUAAAGAAUUGAUCUAUUCCUGCCUGGAAAUAGUUAAAAUAAUGCAAUUACUGAAAGAAAAAAGGAACAUCUUUGGUAUGGAGAGUUCUCAUUUUUAAGAGUUACUGGAUUUGGCUUUUA